AUGCCGAUGAGUUGGCAAAUUGCCAAUGAAAACCAAUACUUCCUGCGCCUUGAUAAAGACCUUGAGAUAUUUGGCGCGGUCGUUGGAGCUGUUUCGACUCUUCAGACUAUUGUUAAAGGAGGAUAUUGGUUGUAUAAUUUCUACCGGAAGAGGGGCCAGGAAAAGAAAACCCGGGCGGAUCUUGAGACGGGCCUAGGUAUUCCCAAGAGAAAGUCCGCUGAGGACAUGCUCUCGCGAGCUGAGCAUGCCGAUGGAGGUAAAGGACUCCGGCGCCGUUUCUUCAACAAGACCGACUAG